GGUUAUGAGGGGGGGGCGGGGGACGCAGGCAGGCUAAUGGGGCCGGGUGUGCCCGGGGGGCCGGUCUCCACAGCCGCCGGUGCGCUGCUCAGAGGCUGUGUAGUGCUGGCUGUGCUGCUGUGUCCCGGGCUCGCCGUGUGCCCCAAGAGCUGCCACUGCGCAGAGAAGGGGGGCGUGGUGGUGGUGCAGUGCGCCUCCCAGAACCUGGAGAAGAUCCCUGCGGACCUGCCGGGGGACACGGUCGCCCUGCUGCUGGGGUCCAACCGCAUCACCCGAAUCCCGGGCCAGGCCUUCCGGGGCCUGCCGCGGCUGCAGGAGCUGGACCUCUCGCACAACGCCAUCCAGGAGGUGGACGCGGGGGCCUUCCAGGGGGUCUCUGAGGGCCUGCGGUCGCUGGACCUCUCGCACAACCGCAUGCGCAGCGUGCCCAAGGAGGCCUUCGCCCGGCUGCGGGCCCAGGUCCGGCUGUCGCACAACCCCUGGCACUGCGAGUGCGCCCUGCAGGAGGCGCUGCAGGAGCUGCGGCUGGACCCCGACACCGCGGCCGAGGUCAGCUGCCACACCGCCGCCCAGGACCAGUACGCCGGCAGGCCCGUCGUGCAGGUGCUCGACUCCGGCAUCAACUUCUGCAACUACCACCACCGCACCACCGACGUGGCCAUGUUCGUCACCAUGUUCGGCUGGUUCGCCAUGGUCAUCGCCUACGUGGUGUACUAUGUGCGCCACAACCAGGAGGACGCCCGCCGACACCUGGAGUACCUCAAGGCCCUGCCCAGCAGCUCCCAGAUCAGCAGGGACUUGGACACUGUCAGCACCGUGCUCUAGCACCCGUUCUGUGUGCGAGUGUGUGUGUGUGUGUGUGUGUGUGUAUGUGUGCGAGUGUGUGUGUGUGUGUGUGUGUGUGUGUGUGUGCGUGAGUGUGCGUGUGUGUGUGGGUGUGUGUGUGUGAGUGUGUGUGUGUGUGUGAGAGUGUGUGUGUGUGUGUGCGUGUGUGGGUGUGUGUGUGAGUGUGUGUGUGUGUGUGAGUGUGUGUGUGUGUCUGUCUGUCUGUGUGUGUGAGUGUGUGUGCAUGUGUGUGUGUGUGUGUGUGUAUGUGAAUGUGCGUGUGUGUGUGUGUGUGUGUGCGAGUGUGUUUUCUUAAUUAGGUGAUUUUCAUGUUUUAGAGCUGGGGUCCCCAGUCUUAUCCAGAAAGAGCCAGUGUGGGUGCACACACCUGAUUCUAUUAAUCAAUUCUUUCUGGAACCCCAGCUCUAAAACAUGAACAGCACCUAAUUAAGAAAAAGUAACAGCUUGUUAAAAUUCUGGGAUUGCUGUUGAGGUUGAAAUGAAAACCAGCAUACACAGGGGUCCUCCAGGACCGAGUUUGAGAACCACUGGUGUAAGGUGGUGAUGAAUUGUGUGAGGCAGAACACCACUGGUUGAUCAGGAUCCAUAUUCAGAGACCAGUUCAUUUUAUCAUACCUGGUUCAGAGACAGCAGGGUUUUACUUAAGGAUUAUUUCACUGAACUUGGAUCAUUGACAUUUUAGAACUCAGCCAUCAUAACAAUUACCCACAAACUACUGUGUUUCUUGGUGACUGUGUAUAAACAUAUUAUCACUGUGAUUACCCCCAGUGUAUAUGUAUUGCUUUUUGUAAGGGGACACUUGAAGAGAGACUGGUAGCCGGUAAGACUGUGCUCAUGUUAGUGAUUGGCAUAAGAUUUCUGUCAAAGAGCUCGCAUAAACGUAAUAUUUAAUGCCGUGGAAAUUUGUUUUUGUUCAGUCAUCUCAUUACCUCCGUAGUUAUCUUUCUGGAGCCCGCCUCCCUCUCGGAGCUAUCAGAGGAAACUUUGUGUUUGCGAGGAAAACAAUUGGCUGUGUGAAAGGUCUGUAGGGUCUAUAAAGCGUUAAAGUCCUGCCCACUGAAAAAAAUGACUGGACCUAGGAAGUAGUUUGAAAAAGUAGAAUAUUGCAUUUUGCAUUUUAGUUGAUUGUAAAAAAAAAUAUUUAGAAAAUUUUAUCCUCAGAUUUACAGUAUUGUUAAAAAAGACUCAAUACAUGUUUCCAUCAUCCAGCUCUCUGCAGCAGUCUUUGUUGUUGGCUAGCUCUAUUUCUUAGCCAGCUGUGUGUUGUUGCAUCGUUAGUUCACAAGGAUGCACAUGAAAGUAGGGAAUAGGGUUAGAAUUGAUUCUAGUUGCAGCAUUUGUAUUUGGAGUCUGUUUGUUGCUGUUGUCUCUCAACGUGAGGAGAGAAGCUGUGUCAAUGCCAGUAAACCAUACCAUCAUGGGAUGGACAAAUCCGAACGAAUCAAUCAAGAACAUAGCCAAAACAUUGGGUAUGUCAAAAUCAACUGUUUAAUACAUUGUUCAGAAGCAAGACCACACCGGCGAGCUCUACAAUAGCAAAUAACCUGGUAGACCACAGAAGAAAACCCCCUUUUCAACUGUCAAACAGAUCAAGAGCACUCGCCAAGAUGUAGGCAUAAAUAAAGACUACACCAGGAUGGUAAAUGUACUGCAUUUAUAUAGCGCUUUUAUCCAAAGUGCUUUACAAUUGAUGCCUCUCCUUCACCAGAGCAGUUGGGGGUUAGGUGUCUUGCUCAAGGACACUUCGACACGCCCAGGGCGGGGAUCGAAUCGGCAACCCUCCGACUGCCAGACAGACUGCCAGACAACCGCUCUUACCUCCUGAGCUAUGUUGCCCCCCUCGGAUAACCUCAGAGAGUUCACUGCAAGAUGUAAGCCACUGGUAAGUCUCAAGAACAGAAUGGACAAGUUAAAGUUAGCUAAAGAUUGCAUUUAAGAAAUUCUAUAGAUUUCUAUAGAGUUCUGAAACAAAGAAACUCAUAGAUUCUUCACUGAUGUGACUACAGAUAGCAGCAGCAGGAUGAGUGCUGAAGUGUAUGGAAACAUCUUAUCUGCUCCGAUCCAACCAAAUGCCUCUAAACUCAUUGGAUGGUGCUUCACCUUGUAGCAGGGCAAUGGCCCCAAACAUACUGAUUAAGCAACCAAGGAGAUUCAGGGCCAAAAAGAGGAAUGUUCUUGACUGGCCAAGUCGAUCACCCAGUCUGAAUCCAACUGAACAUGCAAAGCAUUUUGAGGAUUUUUUGUUUGAUUUUCACCAUGCAUGUGUUGGUGCUUAAAAAAGUGUGUUUAAUUGUUUAGGGAUUUUCUAAAUGUUUUUUUUCAGCAUUUUUGUUACGAUUUAGCUAUUAUGUUUAGAAGUCAAAUCCCUAAUUUGUUGCAUUAUUAGAAUAAGGUAAAAAGGGUUUUCAUGGAGGUGAGGUGUUCCUCAUCCUGUAGACAGGAACAUUAGUAGCUUAUCGCCUGGAUAGCAAGCAUAUGUUUGGUUAGUGUGAGGCAUAGGUUGGGUCAGUAUGAAGCAUAGGUUAGGUCAGUAUGAAGCAUAGGUUGGGUCAAUAUGAAGCAUAUGUUGGGUCAGUAUGAAGCAUACAGUAGGUUGGGUCAGUAUGAAGCAUAGGUUGGGUCAGUGUGAAGCAUAUGUUGGGUCAGUAUGAAGCAUAUGUUGGGUCAGUAUGAAGCAUAGGUUGGGUCAGUAUGAAGCAUAGGUUGGUUCAGUAUGAAGCAUAUGUUGGGUCAGUUUGAAGCGUACAGUAGGUUGGGUCAGUGUGAAGCAUAGGUUGGGUCAAUAUGAAGCAUAGGUUGGGUCAGUGCCGGUUAGACGUCGGCACUUUGGUCACUGAGCAUUCCUGUGUCCAAAUGCCCCAUGCCAUGGUUGAGGGGAAAGCCUUUUGGGAACAAAAAAUGUUCUUCUGGAUCGGUCUCUGGCUUGGCCACUGCCCAUGUUGUUACGAUUAAAAAUUGCUGCAAAUGGCUAACAUGCGGUACUGUACCUAUACUAUGAAGCCUUUUAUCUCAAAACGCAAGCGGCCAAAACAGCUUUGUAGGAAAUCUGCUUAGUUUUAUUCAUGAGGUUUACACCGUGGGACAUCUUUGCCCACAGGAAGCCCAAUCUCAGUGACUGAAAUGGACAAGGAAAAUGCUUGUUUGGCCGUGGCACAGCAGCUGGAAUAGCAGGUGUAGCUAGCUACACUGAAUAGUUAUCCCCUGAAAGCUGGUGUAGCUUAUGCUAGGUAGCUACAAUGCUUUGAGUGGUAGCUCUCUGUGCCUUUGUGUACUGUGGGCAAAACAAAGAGAAUUAAUAUUUCAUAUUCCGUGCUGUUGUUAAUGACAUUUGUGAGGUUAAUUCCACUUUUCUGCAGAAUUGAUGGUUUGUAUUUACAGUUUUAUAUUUAGUUUACAUCAGACAGUAAAUGACCAUGGUGAAUUCAGUGGAGCAGCAGUCUGAUGAGUAGGGUGACUCAGCUUAAACUGCUAUGCCCUUUGUCCUGAACAUAAAGUGACCAAAAAAAGAAUAAUAAAGUCUUUCAGAUUUGUGUUGUUAGUUUUUGGUACUGCUGCACGUGUUAGGCUAUUUGCAUAUCUGGGUAAAAUUAUUAUUUGAGAUACUUUAUCCCGCAGUACACCAGCCAAACUAAUGCAGUGUUAAGAGAAACAUCAAAUUUUCUGAAUAAAUUGAAAAUUCUUUCACAUGAUUGUAUGCUUUGGUUAGUAACAUGCCUUCCUACAGACUUCAUCUGGCAUUUAAAAAGUUAACAUAACAUAAAGUAUUUCAAAAACAUAUUUCAACUGAGACUUGUGCAAUUGUAUAAGAACAAAAUUAAAUGUGAAAUGUAUUUCUGUAUAAGCGAAGCUUCAGAGCCUGUGUCAGUGUGCAUACUGACUGUGGACUGGAGUUGCGAUGGGCUGGUGAGGUCUGUUUUCCAAAGUGCCUACAGCUUUAACACCAGGGCCCUCUCCACACAGCUGGGCUGGACUCAGUACUCCUCUUCCUCUUCCUGUGAACCCCCCCCCCCCCAAUUGGACUUAUAUGUGCUCUUUCAUGGUUGAAUUAACACUGGAAUUAUACUGUGUGAUGCUGAACACACAACCUCUGCUGCACCGCUAGUUCUGCGGUGCUGUGGAAUCAUGCCGUGUCAUCGUGCGAUGUUCUGUUUGAUGUUAGCGAUAUGGGUUCCUUCCUGGUUCCUUAUUGUCGCUGUGUACUUUUAUUUUAUGAUCAAAUCACAAAUUUGGCCUCUUUGUGUGCUGCGAUCGCACACUGAUCAAACAGUCUUUUGAAUGUAUCCCUAGCAGUGUACAAAUAUUUUAUAACUACAUGUUAGAAACAGAGGCUGGAACUGUGGAUUUGUAUCAUUGUAUUUAAAGGACUAUACUGAUGUAGUCCACUUUGUGCCCCUGUGUUUAUUGUUCAUUUUUGCAAUUUUGUGAGAUCACUUGCGUCAUACCAGAUUUGAAAAAAAUAAACAAAAGAUUUUGCCUUUGA